AUGUCAAAAGUAGUAGUUAAAUUUCUUUUAAAUGGAAAAUGUGUUGCAACUAAACCACUAAAUUCACAAGAUAAUUUGAAAAUAGUCAGAGAGAAAAUCAAAGAAAAGAUAUCUGAUUCUCAACACUUUUUAACGAAAGACGGAGAUGUAAUUGAUGCGAAUGAUGAAGAGUGUCGUAUUGUACAAGAUGUAAUUGAUGAAAAAAGAGUAAUAAAUAUUAAAGAAACAGAAGAUAAAAAAGGAAUAAGAAUAAAGAUAAAUGAUAAGAUAAUUACCACUAUUGAAAUUGAUACUAAAACAUAUUUAAGUGAUGUUAGAAAAAUAGUUCAAAAUAUUCCAAAUUCAGCAUAUUUCUAUAUUACUGACGAUGAUAGAGUUGAAAGAGAUGAUGAAGAUGUAUUUACUGUAGAAGAUAUAAUUAAUAAUGAAGAAAUUAAUCUUAAAGAAGAGAAAGAAAAUACACCAGAAAUAAAUGAUAUAACAAUUGGAAUAUGUUUGAAUGGAAACCCACUGAUAAAAAAACAACUCAACAAGAAUAUUUCUCUUUCAGAUGUUAGAAAAGAAUUUGAAAAUGUAAAACAAAUUCCAAAAGACUUUGUGUUUGAAGAUCUAGAGGGAUUUAAAAUACCAACUGAUGAUGAACAAUCAUUAAAACUAACAUCUAUUUUGCAUGAUAACAAAGUCAACAUAACAACAGGAGUUACUGAUGUAUCUGAACCAAGUACUACCACAUCUUUUCUAGGUUCACCAAAUAAUAGUACAAUACCUGGCAAUUCUUUAACUAAUUGUAUCAUAUCUGAUACGUCUCCAAAUAAUACCAAAACAGAAGAAACUGAUGCUUCACCAAGUAAUACAGAUGUGUCUGAACCAAAUAUUCCAAUUGAAGGAAGUAAAAGAUUGAAAAGUCAUGAAAAUGGAAAGUUGAAAAUAUAUUUAUAUCCAAAUCAACCAUUUAAUCAGAAAGAUGAGAAUGAUGCAAUUGCAAUUUUAGUUGUUGGUGAAACAGGAAGUGGAAAAACUACAUUAUUAAAUAGUUUUGUAAAUGCAAUAUAUGGAAUAAAAAUAACAGACGACUUUAGAUAUAUAAUUAUAAAUGAAGAUCAUUUAGAACAGUAUGGAGAAAAGUCUGUAAGUCAAACAAGUGAAGUAACAAUUUAUAAUAUUAAAAGAACAAAAAGAACACCACCAAUCAAAAUAAUAGAUACACCAGGAUUUGGAGAUACAAGAGGAAUUGAAUGGGAUACAGAAAUUACUAAACAAAUAAAAAAAGCAUUUGAAACGAAAGUAUUUGAUUUAAAUGCUAUUUGUUUUGUUGCAUCAUCAAGUAAUGUAAAACUAACAGUAAGUCAAAAGUAUAUAUUUGGGAAUAUUAUUAACUUAUUUGGGAAAGAUGUUAAAAAGAAUUUUAUUGCAAUGCUUACAUUCUGUGAUGGUGAAGAGCCACAAGUUAUAAAUGCAUUAAAAUCAAAAGAUUGUAUUUUCAGUACAAUUAUUCCAGAGAUCGAUGAGCCAUGGUAUUUAAAAUUUAAUAAUUCAGCUAUUUAUAGUGACAAGACAGAAGAUGUAUUUACACAAAUGUUUUGGAAAUUAGGUAUGAAGAGUUUUGAUGACUUUAUAACAAAAUUAGAAAUAUUACCGAGAAAAUCAUUAGAGAAAUCGAAAGAAGUAUUAAGGAAAAGAGAAUGUAUUAAGGCUCAAAUUGAAGGAAUAAGAAUAUCAUUGAAUAAUGGGUUGGCAAAAAUGAACGAAAUAAAACAGAUAUAUGAACAAUUGAAGGAAAAUCAGGAUAAAGUUAAAAAUAAUGAAAAUUUUACUUUUACUACAGAAGUAGAAGUACAAAAAAUAGUUGACUUAAAGUCAGGAGAAUCUGCAACGAAUUGUAAUAAAUGUCAUAAAACAUGUCAUCACCCAUGUCAUGUUCCAUCUUUAAUUUCAUAUUUUACAAAUAUACUUUGUACAUGCAUUGAUUUUUAUGGGUAUUGUAAAGUAUGUGGUUGUCCUUCAUCAGAACACGUAAAUGAAUCACGUAAGUAUGAAUAUGUAAUUGAGAAAAAAGAAGAAACAAAAGAAGAAGUAUUUGAAAGAUAUAAUGAAGGUAAAAAAGGUGUUGCUAAUGCAGAAGCUAUGUUAAAAAAGUUAGAAGAAGAGUUUUAUAAAAUUCAAAUGGAUUGUCGUGAUAAACAACAAGAAAUCGUCGAAUGUGUUAAUACAUUAUCUGAAAUUGCGUUAAAUAAUAAAGUUACUAGUUCAAAUGAAUAUUUAGACAUGUUGAUUCAAACAGAAAAUGAUGAAAAGAAACCAGGAUACGAAGCAAGAAUUGAAGGAUAUAAAAAAUUAAAAAAAGCAAAUGAAAUGAUAGAAGAUAUUAUGAAAAAUUCAACAACAAAAAAGAGUGAGGCUGAGAUUAAGGCAGAAGUUAAAAGAAGAAUGAAAGAAGAGGGAAAAUCAAAAAUGAAUAAAUCUGGAGAUGAUUGUGUUAUUUGUUAA